UUUCUGUUUGCGAUUUUCCUUUCCGCUGAAGCAUUUCCUGCUGCCGGCAGCGUGUAGGGAAAGCCGAGCAAGGAUGGUCAAAAUGAGUAAAGAGGCUAAGCAGCGGCUGCAGCAGGUAUUCCGCUGCGGACAGUUCGUCAUCCGCUGGGGAUUCAUCCCGACCAUCCUGUACCUGGGUUUUAGGAGAGGCAGCGACCCAGGCAUGCCAGAACCUAGUCUUCUAAGUUUGCUGUGGGGAUGAAAACAGUACAGAAGAUCUACAUUUCCAUUUUGAAUUGAAGCACUCUGAGGAAAAUUGGGAAGAAGAGACCAUUGCAGUUGGAUGGUUCAAUGCCUGUGUUCACUAUUUUACUGAUCUAUAGUAAUAGAAUUUCCAGUGGGAUAGUUACGGACUGUCUUGUUUUCCUAUAUAAAAGAAUUAGCUGCAUUUGUGGCUGCAGUGUUUCAGUUUAUGUAACCUAUUACAAGUAAUAUUUUUUAUUGGGAAGGAAAAAAAGAGAAACCUUGUCCAAAAAUGGCCGGAUAAAAUUUGCAUCAUGCAUGUCUGUUGGUUUCCUUGGUUUAAAAGCUAAAUAAGCACAUCUUCAAAAUGUGAAGCUAAGCUGUAUAAACCUGCAUACAGUGAAGAAUCUAACUAUUGAGUUUUUAACAUAAUGGAUUUAAUUCUAGAGUACUAAUUCCUCGAUAUACUUUAUUUAAAAGUGUUGUAAUUUUCAAAUUCAUGACGUACUUUAUAAAUUUUGCUUUGAGAUUUGACAAUUGCAAUGGAAAUGUGAAAUGGAUAUUUGUCAGUUCGAUUACUUUUCAUUAAACCGACAAUAAACUCAUUGAUCUUGUGUAA